AUACUUCCGGGGGCGGUAGUUGGGGAAGAGCUGUCAUGUAUGCGGAGGCUGCCAGCAGCACUGACUGAACCGCUCGGGAGCUAUUGUGCAGCUGCGGACUGGAGCGACACUGCCGAGGACAAGAGACGCCACAUUUUCCGCGGGAUCACGUGUGCCUGCCGCCGGCUCCUCUAUUGUAGCAGUGCCCGGCGCUGAGCGGGAGGAGGGGGCAGCUGCUGCGGCACUGCCAUCACUGGCCACACACCGCCAGCUGCUUACCUUCCCCACCUGGGAGACCCAUGCGGCGGCGGCUCCUGCUGCACACGUCCGUGCCUUCAUAGAGCUCCCUGACCGCAGGUGGAUGGUUGCAUGCGGCCACUGACAGCCCCGGCUGCCCCGGGAAGGAGGCGGCAUCAUGACCACAGACCGAGAUCCUGAAUCCGGUUGGAUGAGGCAACCGGAGGCCGAGGAGAAUGGCUCGGUGCUGCCGGCCUCCUGCGCCGCGGUGCCCCCAUCGGAAGACCCCCCUCCAGCCCCCGCGUCCCCGGCCCAGCAGGGCUCCCGGUACAACCACCUGCUGCUGGACUAUGAUGGCACCGUGCUGCCCUUCCUGGGCGGGCUGGGCACCUACCAGAGGCGGCUGGUGCUGCUCACCUGGAUCCCCGCGCUCUUCCUCUCCUUCAGCCAGUUCUCGGACUUCUUCAUGCUGGACCAGCCCGACAAGUGGUGCAAGGCGAACGGCAGCCUGGCCGGGAAGAGGAGCCCCCUGCACCCGGGCAACCACAGCUCCCCGGCCCCGGAGGUGAUGCUGCUGAUGCCCCCGCUGCAGCUGCCCACUCCCCCCGCACAUGUCACCAGUGCCCCCCACAACGACUCCUGCCUGUGCCACGAGUGGACCUACCAGAUCCACGCCGGGCUGGUGCAGAACGUGGUCAGCAAGUGGGAUCUGGUAUGUGACUCAUCGUGGAAAGUGCAUAUAGCCAAGUUCUCUCUGGUCGUGGGGUUGAUAUUUGGAUACUUGAUUACAGGAUGUAUUGCUGACUGGAUCGGCCGUCGUCUUGUGCUGCUGUUUUCUGUAAUCUUCAAUCUGAUUUUUGGACUUUCUGUGGCACUUUCAGUUAAUGUGACCAUGUUCAGCACGCUCAGGUUUUUUGAAGGAUUCUGUCUUGCCGGGAUAUUCCUCUGUUUAUAUGCACUGAGAAUAGAACUUUGCCCUCCAGGCUACAGAUUCAUGAUUACUAUGGUGGCCAGUUUCAUUGGAAUGGCUGGACAGUUCCUCCUGCCAGGUUUGGCAGCUCUCUGUAGAGACUGGCAGAUCCUCCAGGCUGUCAUAAUCUGCCCCUUUAUUCUAAUGCUUUCCUACUGGUACAUCUUUCCUGAAUCUUUGAGGUGGUUAAUGGCCACAUUGCAGUAUGAAGAUUCUAAAAAGCAAAUUCUUCAAACUAUUCACAAGAACAGACUGAACACAGAAAGCGACAUCAAAGGAGUAAUGACAGAAUUGGAGAAAGAGCUUGCACGAAGGCCGAAGAAAGUUUGCAUUGUUAAGGUUGUAGGAACCAGGAACCUGUGGAAAAAUAUACUCGUCCUUUGUGUUAACUCGUUGACUGGGUAUGGGAUACACCACUGCUUUGCUAAAAGCUGAUGGACCCUGAAGUCAAUAUGAACAUCAUGCACGAACUUCUAUGCCAACUACUUUGCCAUGGGGAUUACAUUAGCAUCAUGUCUGGCUAUGUGUCCUGUUGUUGGGUUUUUGGGAAGAAGAGGAGGGUUGUUACUGUUCAUGAUUCUCACAGCUUUGGCAUCACUUCUUCAACUUGGUCUUCUAAAUUUGAUUGGAAAAUACACCCAGAACCCUGACACAGGUAUGAGCGAAACUGUGAAAAACAGAUUUUCUGUAAUCUUCUCCAUUAUUGGGAUGUUCUCCUCUCAUGCAGUUGGAAGUUUAAGUGUGUUUUUUUGCGCUGAAAUCACCCCCACUGUGAUCAGGGGUGGAGGCCUGGGAUUGGUUUUAGCAAGUGCUGGUUUCGGGAUGUUAACAGCCCCUAUUAUGGAACUUCACAAUCAGAAGGGGUAUUUCCUCCACCAAGUCAUCUUUGCCUGCUGUACUUUGAUUUGUAUAAUCUGCAGUCUUCUACUGCCUGAAAGUAAGAACCAAAAGCCUCCAGAAAACAUCACUCACGGAGAGCAUUAUACCCGUCAGCCUCUCCUACCUCACAAGAAAGGAGAGCAACCACUCUUGUUAUCAAACUCUGAACUCAAGGACUACUCUGGUCUCCAUGAUUCUGUAGCCCAUAGAGAUGGCGUUUCUGAAAACACCACGGUCAAUGGUAUAAAAUCGACAUAGCCGGUUAAACUGCCAUGGAGAAACAUCUCAUGUAUUUAUUUGUUCUCCCUUUAGCUCAGGUCUUACAGACCAUCCAUAGAUUUUUCUGGUAUUGGGGCAACCUCCCACACAGCUGCUUAGGUCCCUUCAAUAUUAUGGAAAACACCGAAAGAAAUUCAGCCUCUAAAACUCCAGGAUAUUAAGACACGAUAUUGUCUUGAUCAGUGAUCCAUCAAUCCUAUCACGUACCAACGUACCGGUUACAUCCUUUCCCGUCUGUCAUUUUGUAGGAUAAUCUGUAUACAUUGACAAGUAAACUACAUUUCCACAAACAAAAAACCACAACAUUGUGACUGUUGAUAUUUUAUUUUAUAGGUCAUAUCCAUUCUCCUGUUCCCUCCUCGGUUCAUUACAUUGACAGCUGCCCAGUUAACCUUCAAAAUAAAGUAACGAGGCAAAAAACUCCAAACUGACGGGUGUGAAGGAGGAACCAGUCAACACAACAGUAGUGGGAGGUUUCCGCUCAUCAUUUGGACACUUAACCACAUAUGAAAGGGAAGAUCCGAGCUAAUGGACUCCAAGUUCAAAUAUGUUUUUUUUUGUUUUUUGCUAGAAUACUUGAGCCAAUACAGAACAGUUAGGGGAAGAGAAACACCACUACCUUGAAAGAGCCUGUUUAGUUGCCAUCAUUCUUGACUUGCAGCUAUUACUGAGCGUACCUUAUGGUUACCCCUCAGGUUUUAAUUUACGUCUUGCAUGAAGACGCUUGGGGAAAAGGCUUUUAAAGAUGUUAAUGUCAAUAUGUGCCAAAUUCUGCAGAAUACUCUUCCCUCCUGUAUGAACAGAACUUUGGCUACCGAAGGGUGAGAGUAAAUGCCUCUGUGAUGUAUAGCAAUCCUGAUACAGGCAGACCAUAAGUGCUGGUCAGUAGGAGGGUCUUAAUUUCUUGUAGAAAGCAUUAGUCUCAUUAGUAGAAGCAAGUAACCAUUUGCUUAACAUCAGUUGUGAUUAAACCGAGAAGCAAGAAAUCCUAAUUUAUGAUGAUUGUUGGGUAUGGUCAGGUGUCCGUAGUAAAUGGUCCAUGAUACUUUUUCUGAGUGUUCAGAACUGUUGCUUGUAUUUAAUAGAGGACUUCAGAAGCCUCCAUGAAAAGACUUUUUAAAACCAUUCAGAAAGGAAUCUUUUUCUUAUAGGAUGGGUGUGAGCGUGUAGAAAUCAUUACUACUCAAACAGAAACAAGGACACAUGCUGGGUAUACCUAGUCGCUAGCUUGGAGUGGAGGUCCUUUAUAGACAGGUUACACAAUGGUAGCACCAUUUCCAUCCUGUAAGUUUUAGUAUCACUGAGCAAGGCCUGCAAAGUCUAGCUCUCACCACCUUGCUUAAAGAUUGGCCUUCACAAGUAUCAUUGACCUGCGGAUGAACGUGUAUUCAUUUGUAACUGUUUCAUUAGUGCUUUCUAGUUGAAUACUGUUAAUCAAAAUGUGAACUAUGCUGUUGCUGUCGGGGGGUUUUCAUGUGGAAGAAAAGAAAAAAAGAAAAAAAUCUGUGGCCGAUCUAGUUUUUGUGUCUGGAGGGAGGGAAGUUGGGUUUGUACAGAUGUAAAUCAAUGUUAGUAUUUUAAUAAAUGUUGCUAAAAUGUUGUGGAGCCAAAAUCAACGGGUCACCAAAUCGGAAGAAGUGCCAUUAAAUGAACUGUAAGUGUUGAUCACUUGAACCGUGGGAUGACUUUAAAAGCGCCACUGCAUCCCCUCUAAAACAUGGGGAUAUGAUGCACCAUAAUAUUUAAAAAAAAAAAAAAAAUGUGUCUGAAGUGUACCGUGAAUGUUUUGGAGGAAGUUU